AAGAAAAUGAAUUGAAAGUCAGAGUCAGCAAAAAAUAUUGAGAUCCGUAGAUCUACCACUCCGGAAAAGCGUGUCAUCCUUGUGCAGGGGCCAUGCUAAUCUUCUCUGUAUCGUUCCAAUUUUUCGUAUGACACCCCGAAGGGGUCGAAAGGUAGUGCAUAUCUUCACACCAAUCCAUCACAGUGAUGGGACGUGUUCCGAGCGGAUCCUCCACUGUGAUCGUCAUUCCACGUUCCCCUCACUCGUCGCUCCAUCUGUCUGUCCAAGUACUUGCCCGCUUUUUACAGAUCCCCCCAUUGCUGCUCUCUACCUGUUGCUUGAGAGGAAUCCCACGGCCCCGGCGGGACUUUUGCGCGCCAUUCAACCAUCAUAUUCUUUGUGCAACUUGUCCAUGCUUCGAUCCGUUUUCUACGAGGUUAAAUACACUAUCCACCAAAACGCCGCAUACGGAGUAAACGGAAACAUCCCCGACCCCUCCCGCAGUCCCUGCCACGGCGAGAACUGGAACGGCGCAGGCGUGAGGUACAUCAGAUUCAGCUUCAGGCCAAACUUUUCUAGCCUCGGCCGAAUGUCCAUCUGCUCCUCGCGAUCAAACGACACCUGCACUGUCCAAACCCAUGUCUGAAACCAUAUUGCAGUGUGUGAUGACGAGCUCUUGCAGUCCAGGACACCAGGGGUCCGGGUGAAGCAGCGAUGCAGGCGCGGAGACCUGUGUGAAACGAGAAUAUUUGUC